CGGAGCCGCACCUGCUGCGCUUGGGGGCGCUGCUGUUACUUAAGACUCGGUGUCGCUUGCCUGCGCGCAGUUUCACUGCCUCCUCUCUUUCUCUCUUUAGAAACACAUCUCACUCCAGUCCCUCCCUCGAGUUCAAAUAUCCAGAGUCCAUCGGCUCGUGUCGUUCUUUACACCCCGUCGCAUCCACCAGCAAACACCACUACUCCCAACUUUCCAUUUCAAAUCUCGCAUCUUCACCCCACAAUGCGUUUCUUCGCCAUCGUCGCCGGCCUCGCUGCCGCUGUUACUGCUUACGAGUACCCAACUCCCUUCAACCCAACUGCCAGUGGCCAGGCCCCCAGCGGCAACCCUUUCAGUGCUCCCGACACCACUCACCCGGCCACUCUCGGCGAGUCCUACGAGAUCACCUGGCAACCCACCACCCCCGGCCCUGUCGCCCUGGUUCUGUGCCAGGGUCCCUCCACCAACUGUGUCCCGACCUUGACCAUCGCUUCCCAAAUCCCCAACAGCGGCAAAUUCUCCUGGACUCCCGAGGGCCUUACUCCCUCUGCCUCUUCUGCCGGUGGAUACGGUAUCAUGCUCAUCGACUACUCCGACAAGACCUACCAGUACACCACUCAGUUCGGUAUCCUGGCUGGAGCUAAGCCUGCCACCACCUCUACCGCCUCUACCACCUCAAUCGUCGUCCCUACCACUCCUACCACUCCUACCGCCACUGUCGCUCCCAGCACGCCUGCCGUUCCUUUCCCCACUGGUACCAAGACCUGGACCACCAAGCUCCCUCUCGGCACUGGCACCAUCGGUCUCCCCACUAGCACCCCUGGUGCUCCCGGUGUCCCUACCACUGUUCCAGGCACUGCUCCCACUUCGCCUGUCUUCACUGCCGCUGCUGACCACAACAUGGCCAGCUUCGGCGCUGUCGGUGCUAUCGCCGGUCUUGCCGCUCUUCUCGCCUUUUAAAUGAUGGCUGACGGCUUUGUAUUUGCUUGAUUCGUGUGGCUUUUUCUCUUCUUAAUGUAAUCUCAAGUACGAAGAGAAUAGUCAUGCUCUGUUGUCUUUUGUGUACGGUAUCGUCGAGAUAUUGAUCCCAAAUUAGCAAGAGCUUUUGUAAUUCAUCCAUGUCACAUAUUUGAUCUGUUUCCUCUUUUGCCUCUGAUGAUUUGCUUGUUCUGAACAUACCCACUUGUAUACAUAGAGAAGAACAUGAUGGAUUGUGAAAGACACGUGAUUUUACGACGUAUAGACGUUGGUUCUCUGAUUGCUCAUGUAUGAUCAAGUUGUGGAGUGUAGAUAAGUAAGGUAUAUGAACCUGUAUUGACAUGCCUAAUACUG